AUGUCGCGGAUCUCCUUCCUCGUUGGCUUCGACCGCAUCGGACAGUCAUCGCCCGCGGACAUCGCUGCCGCUGUGGAGACCGACCAUAAUGCAGAGGUGCACAGCAGACGGGCGUUGCGCAGAAAGGGCGAGGAGGACCUGGGGCAAUUCUGGGAGGAGACCAGAGUCGGCCUUGUAAAUCGAAUGAGAGAGAAGACCAGGAUAGAAGCCGUAUCGAGCGCGGUGCUCGCAGCAAGCUCCGGGAAAAAGCUCGGCAUCAACAUGACGAACCAAAUCAAGAAGAGAGUGCAUGCUGCUAAAGUGCGAGCCGCCGACCAAACUACUUUUAUAGUACACCCCAACGACCCUCGCAAGCUGUACUGGGAUUUGUUCGUGGGAGCGAUGAUCUUGUACAGCAUCGUGGUCAUUCCGUGGCGGAUCUCCUUCAAGCAGGACGCAAGCGGGGCAAUGCUCAUCUUCGACUAUCUAGUCGAUGCCAUUUUCGGCAUCGACAUUAUUCUGUGCUUCAACUCCGCCUAUUUCGAGGAGGACGUUUUGGUUUACAAGCGAGCGACCAUUGCGAGGAAGUACGUGUCGACGUGGUUUGGGCCGGACGUCUUGGGUACCGUGCCUUUCGCAUCGCUGAUAGGGCUCUUCAUCACCACCGUGGAUAGCCUGCAAAGCGUCAACUUCUUACGGCUGGUACGUGUGUUCCGGCUGCUGAAGCUGAUGCGGAUCCUGCGGCUCUCUAGAAAAAUGGCGAAAGUCGACUUCUCCCGGCGGCUAAACCCCUCAAUUGUGCGGCUCAUCAAGCUGCUCGGAAAGAUCGUGUUUGCUGGACACUUGCUUGGGUGCACGUGGUUCAUGGUGGAUGAGUGCGACGUCGACGGCGGUGACGACAUGUGGCCGAAAUGUGGAGGGGAAAGCCUCGGCUCAAAAUACCUGGCGAGCUUGUACUGGACGAUCGCGACCCUGAUGUCUGUGGGAUACGGAGACAUAUCGGCCGACACCGACCAAGAGAGGAUGUUCGCCCUCGUGACCAUGGUAAUCGGAUCUACGGCCUUCGGUUUCAUCAUCGCCAUGGUUACCGUCAUCGUGGAGACCAUGGAUCCACAGGCCACUGCCAAGAACGCCAAGAUGGAGGAGGUGCGAGAGUACAUGGGAGUCCGGAAGCUGCCGAAGGGGCUUCAGCUGAGAAUGCGGAAGCACUUCGAUCACGUCUACAGAAACACGAGCGUCUUCAGACAGACGCCAAUCCUACGAGACCUGCCACACACAGUCCGGAUGAAGCUUGUCUUCGAUACCCACCAGCAUCUCCUGCGAACCCUAAUUUUCUUCGAGGAUUUCCAAGCCUCCGUCAUCACCGAGAUGGUCUACCGCCUCAAGCCGAUGCAGCUCAAGCGCAAGGAGUACGUCGGGAAAGCCGGUGAUGUUUUGGACAACGUGUUUUUCGUGGUGACAGGCAGGAUCGAGGCGAGGGUGACCAAGCCAGGAAAGCAGGUUCUGGUGGCGCUUCACCGAGAGGGUUCUGACUUCGAGCUCAGCAGCCUCGUGCGCUGCGACCCUAUGCAAUUCACCUACCGGGCAGUGACCCAGUCAGAGCUCAUGUGGCUCGACAAGGACGAUCUGGAAAACAUCGCUGCGGAAUACAAGACGGCGGAAAACACCAUCAUAGACAAGGCGGAGAGGCAGGGUGCGCUCCUAGAGGAAUGCCUUUGUCUAGAGGAAACCUGCGACGGCUCUGACCACCGACAGGCACAGGUGCUGGUGGACUGGACUCUUGUUCCGGCAGCGAGCAUACCGGAACUCGUGGGGAACGGUCUGACGAGUAUCAUGCUGGACGCCAAUCGGCCGGAAGACGCCGACGACAGCGCCGCACUGAUUCGUACCCUUCGACCGAUCAAAGAGAAGGGUGGGCCAAAAGACGGCGCAGGCGGUGGCGGCUUUGCCAUAAAUCCUCUCCAAACCUUGUCUGCCAUGGCCGCGUGGGUCGCGACCGCAGACGGGGGCAAAGGGAAGGGGGGUGGCGGCGAUGAGGGCAGCUUCGUCGGGCAAGAAUGGGGGGACGAGGGGCUUAAAAAAAGCGGUAGCACCGCCGCGUUGCCGAGGGUGGGCAGCAUUGGUCCCUGUCCGGGAAGGGGAGGCGGUGGGUCAGCGGGCGGAGGGGAGGCGGCGAAAAAAAAGCGAAGGUCUCCUGGAGAGGUGGCGGAAGAGGAGGAGCGUAAAGAGAGGACACCCCCCAACAUGGAGGAAGCCCUGGAGACGGCGGACUGCGUGGCCAGGCGAUGGGUCGUUCUUCCAAACGCUGGUUGGAAGCAGAAAUGGGACACGUUUGGAGCAUUCCUGAUAGCCCUCAGUGUCAUCACCGUCCCGUUUCGUAUCGGCUUCGACGCCCUCCCGGAGGGGGGCUGGGUGGUGGUGGACUGGGUGACGGACUGCACGUUUGCCGUAGACAUCGUCCUAAACUUUAGGAUGGCCUACGUGAACGGCCACGUUUUGGUGACAUCCCCGAGCCUGAUGGCGUCUCACUACCUCCGCGGGUGGUUCACCACGGACCUCUUGUCCACAGUACCGUUCGACAGGAUUAUGUCGCUGGCAGGAGACGAGAACUCGAGGGUGUUUCGAUCUCUAAAGCUUGUGAAGGUGGUGCGGAUAGUCAGACUGUUGAGGCUGUUCCGACUGUUCAAGAUGGCCAGAUUCCGGCUAAUAACAGAGGAGUUUAUGGAGUUGAACGAUGUCCUAUUCCGAGGCCUCAAGCUGGUGCUGACGCUGGCCCUUCUGGGACACUCUUUUGGCUGCUUCUGGAGUUUCGUGAGCCUGUCCGAAGAGGCUAGCGAUGACGACAUAGACGGUGCGGCGCCCUCGACAUGGUGGGAGAGUAUAGGGUUGCAGCCGGAAAACCUGACGGGCCGGUACAUCGCCUCAAUUUACUGGGCUUUCACCACGAUGACCACCGUAGGGUACGGAGACAUCCUUCCCGUCGUAGACCAAGAGCGUGCCUACGCGACCAUCAUUAUGGUCAUCGGGGCUACCGUCUUCGGGUAUAUCGUCGGCAGCGUCAGCGCGCUGGCCAGCAACCCCAAUGGCAGCCAGGCGAGGGAAACGGUCAAAAUCCUGGCCGUCUCCAACUACCUGGGCGAGAAAAAGGUUCAGCAAAAGCUCAGACAGGCGGUAAAGAAGCACGUGGAGUUCUAUCUUCAGCACAAAACCCCUUUUCACGAAGAAGACCUACACGCGCUCAUGCCCCCGAGCCUGCGACAGGAAUCCGUGCUCCAGGUCCACAAGGAUGUUUUGCGCAAAAUCGGUAUCUUCAAGCACAUGAACGCAAACCACACCGCGUACAUCCUGCGGCACAUGACGCCCCUCUUCACCCUCGCCGGGAAUUACGUCUACAAACCGGCCGACGAGAGCGACGGAGUGUACUUCCUGCUGACAGGGACUGCAGAGGUAAAAAACGGUUCACCCGAACGUGAAAAGCAAUGCCUUAUUUCUUAUUUCCGGAAUGACCCAUUAAUCUGCAACGAAACACGACCUCAAAAAUCGGACCCUGGCUAA